UUUUCUCUUUUUUUAUUUUAUAUUUUGGUGUGCGAAAAACUUGAGAGUGAAAUAGGGAGAGAAAGAGGGAUAGAGAGAGAGGGAGAGAGAGAGAGUGAAAAAGUGAAAAACUGAGAGAGUGAAAGAUGAGUUUUUGUUUGUUUUCUUUUGAGCUUACUGUCUGAGGAAUCAAAGAAUCAUUUUUUUUUAUUUUUUUAUUUUCCAGAAGAGGGGAGUGGAGGAGGAGGACUGGAGAAAGCAGAGCUUAAACUGUGAGUUGGGUUUUGCUCAGAUUUCUUGCUUGUGCAUCAGAAUGACUUCUGUUUCAUCUGCGAAACAAGGAAGGGGACAACAGAAACAUUAUUGGUUAACUACUAAGGAUACAAUAUUGGUUGAAUCAUUGCUUGAGUUGCAUAGUGACCCGACUUGGCGAGCUGACACUGGUUUUAAGAAUGGUUAUUUGGGGAAGAUAGAAGCUAUGAUGGAAGCCAAACUCCUAGGGUGUAGAUUAAAGUUGUCUCCCGACAUUGAAUCACACAUCAAGACUUUGAAGGCAAAAUAUUUUCCCUUAACUGAAUUGCUAGCUCUCAGUGGGUUUAAGUGGAAUGAAGGGAAAAUAAUGUUAGCUUAUCAAAAAAGUGCGUAUGACAAGACUAUGAAGGGUAAAAAUGAUGCAAGUGGAUUGUACGAUAAGUCUUUUCCGCACUACCACAGUUUGGGACAGAUUUAUGCAAAAGAUCGUGUUGUGGGUGCAAAUGCUGGUAACGUUGAUGACGAUGAAGAAGAAAUUAGACUUGAAGUUGCCAAUGUCAAUCAACAUGAAGGUGAGGAUGAAAGUGGAAAUGACUUUGAUACUUCUUUCUCAGUACUAAAUACCCAACUACAAAGGAAUGCAGAAAGUAACACAUCAAACAUGUGUCACAAGAGAGCAAAAGUAGGGGAUGAAAUGGCUUAGCAAUUCUUUAUUAUGGCUAAAGCUAUAGCCGAUGUGGGACCUAAGCUUGAUGGUCUAGUUCAUGCACUGUCAACCGAUAUAAAUCUGACCGAAAUGCAACAACAUCUUGACGGUGAGUUGAGCAAAAUUGAGUUUUUGGCUCCCAUGGAAUUAUUUAAAGUCACCAACUUCUUGGCCAAAGAACAUGACCUUUUGAGGGUGUUUUUCAACAUGUCUGAUGAAAGGAAGAGUGCAUAUGUGACUACUUUGUUGCAGACUUGGAUGCAUAAUGACAUCUAAGUGAUGGUCCUAAGAAUGUGAAUGCUAGUUUUUUGCUAUGACGUGCUUGUUGCCAUGAUGACAUAUCAGGGAAAUUUGUGAAUGUUUUGUAAAUCUAAUGACUGAUUAGAUGACACCAUGAUGGUGAAGAACUACUUUUUGUUGAUAUUAUGAUGUUUAGGCAGGUUAGGAAUAUUUUGUUGACAAUCUAAUGUGUAGGCAGGUUAUGAAUAUUUUGUAUAUAAUAUGAUGCCUAGGCAUGGUAUGACUAGUUUGCUUAGGUUGGUUAUGAUGGUUAAAUAGAUGUACUUUAAUGUAAAAUAUUAACUUUAAUGAAGUUAUUUCCUA